AUGGAUCAGGCUUGGACAGAAUGGACCAACAAGAGAAAACUGUUGAUGGAAGGCACCUUUCUCGAAUCCUCACCAUCCACCGGCACAGCAGAACAUGUGGGAGUCUGUGUAAAUCUCGACGAACGACAGGGCAUGAUAGACAAGACCGAUGCUAUUUAUGUUGUAGACAUUGCCACAUUGAUCGACAAUUAUUUCACUACACUAGAGCGGUUGUAUCACUGUGCCCGAGACUCCGGAAUCAAGUCAUGCCCCAAUCGUGAAUGUCGGUUGAACAAAAGAUAUGUGUCAAAAGCCAUUCCCGGCCAGUCCACGUGGUGUACUUCCUUUCUCGAGUGGGUGGUUCAAUGGUUUUCCUGCUCUCUCACUUCGCUCAUCCACUAUCACAAGGGAGGCGCUCCCUUGAAAACCAACCUCUCAUUGUCCGUUAUGCGGUGCAUGGAGAAUCCAACAUUUGGCGGAAAGUGGAAUUUCAUCAAUCCUUGUGUUCUACCCGAUAGAGUGAUCUAUGAUACGAUCGAAUGGAUCUACAGAGUAGAGAUCGCCUACGGCCGUGAUAGCGAGGGAAAGUCGUCGUUGCAAUUUGCACAUUUUUCAACUCAUUGGUUCCCAGAGCUUGUGUCCGAAGAAGAUUUCAAGAAAGCCAUUAACAAGGCCAAAAUAUUGGGAGUCUGUCACAAUCGUCUCUGGAACAUCAUUUCCUGUGGUCCCCGAGGACAUCUGGAUCUCCCAGCUCUUCUGGACAUAAUUAAUAAAAUCGAUGCAGCGCAGGCGGACCUUUUCAGACACGGAGAGGACUUUGGUUUACGACAACCACCUGGCGUCAUGAGCUUCGCCGGCUCCUCCUCGGACGACACCCGAGUUGUACAGAGGCACAAGUGUCCCGAGUCUGAGCUCAACUCCUGCGCUUCGAUCCAAUUUCCGACGACCAUGGACAAAUCAGCCGAUCGCCUCGUUUGGUAUUACCAUGUCAAGUCCUCACAAUCCCAGUCACAAACGGCGACUUACACACCGACCAAGGCCUCUGGUGAUUACAUUGCCAUAUCGCACGUCUGGUCCGAUGGAACUGGCGCAGGAAGGAAAGGCCCUGGUCUGGUAAAUAGCUGUCUUUCUCGUUUCUUUUGCGACAUUGCCAAAACCCUGGACUGUCAGGGUGUCUGGUGGGAUGCCAUCUCCAUUCCCUCAGAUCCGAAUCUUCGUGCCAAAGCGCCUCGCAACAUGCAACAGAAUUUCAGUUCGGCCAAGCAUACGGUUGUACACGACGAGUAUUUGAUGAGGUUCCCUUGGAAAGAUGAUGGCACUCCCUGUCUGAUUUUGGUCCUCAGCCCGUGGUUCACGAGAGGAUGGACUGCAGUGGAACUCGUCUCGUCGAAAAGCCUCCAAGUCUUGUUCAAAAACCCGGAUGACGACCGGAGACCCUUGAUCAAGGACUUGGAAAGAGACAUUCUGUCUAAUCACCCCCUUCACACCCCUCGGCCAUGA